UAAGAUAAGAGCUUUAGCGGGGUACUUUGGUACUUCAGUAUUGUCGGCCUGGUGAAUUUUCCGAAUUAGACAAAUGCGGGUCUAGAUCUUUAGAAUUUCAGAAUUUCGAAGACAGGUACUGCUAGCAAGGCAGAACCCGACCAAGUAAACAGCUUCAUACCACGCCACAUUUUGCUAGAUUUGACGGAGAAGCUACCCAUUGUCGGAAUUUACCUUAUAACAGAAACACAAGCUCUCCUGAGCUACGGAAAGGGGUAAAAUGGCGUUAAAUCUUGACCUCCAAAAUGCUGCUGUUAUGAAAGAUGAGCAAGGGCGACCUUUCAUCGUGGUCAGAGAUCAAGGCAAGAAGAAGCGUCAGUAUGGCAAUGAAGCCGUCAAGUCACAUAUCCUCGCCGCCCGGACCAUUGCGAACAUCGUCAAGACAUCCUUAGGCCCCCGCGGUCUCGACAAGAUCCUGAUUUCACCCGAUGGUGACAUUACCGUUACCAACGAUGGAGCUACUAUUCUACAGCAGAUGGAGAUCUCCAACCACAUAGCGAAGCUACUCGUCGAACUCUCGAAAUCCCAGGAUGACGAAAUUGGUGAUGGUACAACGGGCGUGGUUGUUCUAGCUGGUGCUCUUUUAGAGCAGGCUGCCGAGCUAAUAGACAAAGGCAUUCACCCUAUCCGAAUAGCAGAUGGUUACGACCAGGCUUGUGAUAUUGCAGUGGCGGAGCUAGAUCGGAUAUCAGACACCAUCGAGUUUAGCAAGGAAGACACACAGAACCUUGUCAAGGUGGCACGGACAAGUUUAGGAAGCAAGAUCGUAUCCAAGGCACACGACCAAUUCGCCAAUAUCGCCGUGGAUGCUGUUUUAUCUGUCGCCGAUCUCGAGCGAAAAGAUGUCGACUUCGAGUUGAUCAAGGUAGAUGGAAAGGUCGGCGGUGCGUUGGAAGACUCCAUUUUAGUGAAGGGCGUGAUAGUCGACAAGGACUUCUCGCACCCGCAGAUGCCGUCAGAAGUCAAGGACGCCAAGAUCGCCAUUCUCACAUGCGCGUUCGAGCCACCGAAGCCGAAGACCAAGCAUAAGUUGGAUAUUACCUCGGUCGAGGAAUUCAAGAAGCUACAGAACUACGAACGGGAAAAGUUCAUUGAGAUGAUCCAACAGAUCAAGGACACCGGUGCCAACCUAGCUAUCUGCCAAUGGGGUUUCGAUGACGAAGCAAACCACCUGCUGCUACAGAACGAACUACCGGCGGUACGAUGGGUAGGCGGCCCCGAGAUCGAACUUAUCGCCAUUGCCACGAAUGGCAGAAUAGUGCCUCGAUUCGAGGACCUGAAGGCGGAGAAGCUAGGAAGGGCCGGUAUCGUGCGGGAGAUGACGUUCGGUACUACGCGGGAGAAGAUGCUUGUUAUUGAAGAGUGCGCUAACACGAGAGCCGUGACGGUGUUUGUCAGGGGAAGCAACAAGAUGAUUAUCGACGAGGCCCGUCGAUCCCUCCAUGACGCCCUGUGCGUUGUUCGUAACCUAGUACGUGACAACCGCGUGGUGUACGGCGGUGGCGCGGCUGAAAUCGCCUGCUCGCUCGCGGUCGAGGACGCGGCCGUCAAGACUCCGGGCUUAGAACAGUACGCUAUGCGUGCCUUCUCCGAGGCCCUAGACGCGGUCCCUAUGGCGCUCGCCGAGAACAGCGGUCUGAACCCUAUCGCGACUCUCGCCGAGGUCAAGUCGCAGCAAGUCAAGGCCGGCGACGCCGGCCGUGGUAAGCUCGGCGUCGACUGCAUGAACGGCGGCAGCAACGACAUGAAGCAAGCCUUCGUCAUCGAUCCUCUUAUCGGCAAGAGGCAGCAGCUCAUGCUGGCCACUCAGCUGUGCCGCAUGGUGCUUAAGGUCAAUAAUGUCAUCAUCAGCGGGUCGGGAGAUCAGGAUUUUUGAGAUGAAUUGGUCUAAGUAGUAUCUGCCCUAGGUAUUUGUGUAGAUGAGAUGGGUGGAUGGAUGGAUGGACUUCGAUGUAAGGACAGUCAAAAAAGCCAAGAUACCUCUCCUGCAAUAGACCCCUGAGAUAAGAACGAAAAAAUCAUCGUACGAAGACAAGUAUUAGUACGACCGUCCAGGAUAUCUACCUAUCUAGGUACAUGCCUACAUGUCUAUUCAUAUUGUGAAUGCAAUUGUAGUUAAACCCUACGAUCUAGAAGAACUGGGAAAUCACGAAAG